AUGCCCGUCUUCACCCAACACGCAUCUUCCUCACGAGACCUCCGAGUCUUACCAUCUUUUGCACCUCCAUUACCCCGUCUCCUCCCACCAUUCGAACCAGGAACAGAAGAAAAAUAUGAAGUCCUCGUCGUCGGCGCAGGCCCAUCUGGCCUGAUGCUGACCCUCCUCCUAUCCCGCUACGGUCUAACCGAUACCUCCCUCCUAUGCAUCGACUCCAAACCAAGCACGCUUAAAUCCGGCCAAGCAGACGGCAUCCAGCCCCGCACUCUAGAAGUUUUCAAAACCCUCGGUAUAUCAGACGAGAUCGAAAACGAAGCAUGUCAGAUGUGGCAAUUCGCGUUCUGGAAUCCAUCCAAAGAGAAAGGGAAGAUAAUUGAGCGCACGGCUGUUGUUCCCGAUAUUAUUCCCGCUGCGAGAUUUAAGUAUGAAGCUACAAUUCACCAGGGAAGAGUUGAGCGUAUCAUGGAGACGGAUCUCUUGCGCUAUUCUGAUCGAGGUGUGCUAAGGAGUGCAAGCUUGAUUGAUGUUUCUAUCGAUGAUGAUGUGGAGUUUCCUGUUCUUGCGCGGAUCGAGGUGGAUGGUGUUGAGAGGAGUGUUCGGACGAAGUAUCUUGUUGGUGCUGAUGGGGCGCAUUCUAUUGUCAGGAGGUGUAUGGGGUUGAGGUUGGAAGGGGAGUCGUUGGAUCAUAUCUGGGGUGUGGUUGAUUUGGUUGCUGAGACUGAUUUUCCUGAUAUUCGACGCAGGUGUGCGAUUCAUUCGCCUGCUGGGUCUGUUAUGGUUAUUCCGCGAGAGAGGAUUGCGACUGGGGAGUAUCUCACGAGGCUUUACGUGCAUGUUCCCGAGACUGUGAAUCAUGUGGAUGGCGAUGAGAGUGGUGAAGGUGAGGAUGCGAGAUCGCGGAGAAGCAAGAUUACUUUGGAAGGGAUUCUGAAGCAGGCUUCGGAUGCUAUGAAGCCGUACUAUAUCCGGCCCAAGGGUGUUGUGGAUUGGUGGGCGGCUUAUCAGAUUGGGCAGCGGGUUGCGCCUGAGUUUAUUGUGAAGGAUCAGAAGGGCGUUGCAAGAGUGUUUAUUACUGGUGAUGCUUGUCACACACACAGCCCUAAGGCCGGACAAGGCAUGAACGUCUCAAUGAUGGACUCGUACAAUCUAGCCUGGAAAUUGAUUUAUCACAUCAACGGACUCACUCCAUCGUCCAUCGACUCCCCAACCCCAAUCCUGGAUACAUACCAAACAGAACGCCACGAAAUCGCACAGCAACUCAUCGAUUUCGAUCGCAAGUUCUCGACCAUGUUCUCGGGCCAAAUGGGCGCAGCAGAGGGCCUCACUGAAGAAGAAUUCCAGCAAGCUUUCAAGCUGGGAAAUGGUUUUACCACUGGCUGUGGUGUGGAGUAUCCCGAGGACCAGAACCCGCUCGUUAUCCGUGAUGACCCAGACAGCAACCCCAUCCAAGGAACGGAUUAUCUAUCUGGAAUACUUCGGGCAGGCCGCCGUUUGCUGAAUGUGAAGUUGCUGAGACAUGCGGACGGGUGGCAGCGGGAUAUUCAUGAUGACAUUCCAUCCACGGCGCGGUUCCGCAUUCUUGUUCUUGCAUCGACGGACCUUCUAGAUCGGAACAGUGGUUCUGCACGCGCACUGACCAGAGUCAGUGAGUUUGUGACCCGAUUUCCGGCCUCUGUUAUUGAGCAGAUUGUGCUUCACCCUGCACUUCAUCGCGCGUUUGAGUGGGAUGAUCUUCCCGUGUGUGUGAAGCGGGAUGCGGAGAUGCGUUUCUAUGAUGGAUCUGUGUUGGAGGAUGCGUAUAGUAUCUAUGGUGUUGAUCCUGCCAGAGGUGCAGUGGCUGUUAUCAGGCCGGAUGGGUAUGUGGGGAUGGUGGUGAGGCUUGAUGAGGUAGGUAGAGUGGAGGAGUAUUUGAAAAGGUGUAUUCGAACUUUGUAA